AUGGAUGGAAGAAACAGGAAGCAGAGCAUAGCUAUUGCUGGCCAAAGCCUGCAAAACCACAUAUUUGACUGUAUGUAUCCUGCUCAUAUGGACAUUCCUGUGGCACAUAUCGUCGACCAGAGAACAAUUAAUAACAAGGAACUAGGCAUCGACACUACCAAGCCACCAUUUGGUUCCUCCAUGGAAACCUUCAGGGAGCUUAUAAGAUCAUCUUUAUCACUGAAAAAGAGAAGCAUCACAAAGAACUCAAAGAAGAAACCAAAGCUUCUGAUUCAACUAAGGAAAGGAUCAAGAGAGCUAGUUAACAGCAAAGAAGUAAUUUCCAUGGCCAAAAGCUUAGGAUUCAAGGUGGUAGUUUCAGGGCCAGAGGAAACAAAAAACAUUACAAGUUAUUCUGCAACUGUAAACUCUGCUGAUGCUCUACUUGGCAUUCAUGGAGCUGGUUUAACAAAUAUGGUGUUUCUUCCUCAAAGAGCAGCAAUGAUACAGAUUAUACCAUGGGGAGAUCUGAAGUGGGCUUGUAGAUUUUCAUAUGGAGAUCCGGCCAUUGGUAUGGGGUUGAAGUAUUUUGAGUAUGAGAUUAAGAAGGAGGAGAGUACGUUGAUUGAACAGUAUCCAAUGGAUCAUUUGGUGUUUACUAAUCCAAGUGAGAUACAUAAGCAAGGUUUCAAUAUGCUGUGGUAUUAUUUUCUUGAGAAGCAGAAGGUGAAGGUUGAUGUAAAGAGGUUGAGGCCAGUGUUAGUUGAGGUGUUGCAGUACCUUAAGUAG